AUGUCGGUUUUUGUUAAUGGUAGUCCGACGAAGGAGUUCAAAGUUAGUAGGGGGCUUAGGCUGGGAGAUCCUUUAUCUCCCUUCUUGUUCUUGAUUGUUGCGGAGGCUCUUUCGGGGCGGGUUAGAAGUUCUUUAGCUUUGGGAAAGUUUUCCAUUUUCAAGGUUAAAGGCGAUUGUGUAGUGGAUAUUCAGCAAUAUGCAGAUGAUACGUUGUUAUUUGGAGAAGGAAAAUGGAAUCACAUAUGGGCUUUAAAAUAUGUUUUAUGCGGUUUAGAAUGCAAUUCGGGUCUUGGCGUAAACUUCUUGAAGAGUACUUUGAUUGUUAUUAAUACAAAUCCUCAGUUUUUGGCAGCCGUAACUAAUUUUCUUUCUUGCAGGUAUGAAGAUUCUGAGUUUAAAUUUAUUGGUAUUCCGAUUGGUAUGAAUCCUAGAAGGAUCUUGGCUUGA